AUGGAGUUCUGCGCUCACACGGAUGACACAGAGCCGGAUGUCUCGCUGGAUACGCUUCGAAGACACUUGAGGCGAGGCUUGGACCCCUCGGACCCGCUGGAGUUUCAGGAGCUGAACUUGACGCCAGACAUCAUCUUGGCUUAUGGCGGUGUUGCUGACACUGGCUAUUGUGAUCAUGGGCUUGAUGCUCCAGUGACCUGCUGCAUACAGCAGCAGGUUCAGUUUCUUCACGUCAGAGGCCUUGACCGUUUGCGACAGCGCAUCCAGCAAGAUCUCCGGCAAAAGCCUGCGCACCUGCUAGUGUGCUUGGAGACAGCCCUGCCGUGCGAGCCUCGGCCGAGCAUCGGCUUCGUGGUUGGCACAUGGUUUGCCAAGCACGUGUCAGAGCGCGGAUUUCCUGAAGCCUUCGAAGACAGGAGGCAAGGAAGCUUGAGCGAAGUCCUCGCGCUUCUGGCAGUCCUCGAUUUUUUGACUGCCGCUGAUGGCCACGGGUUCACGGCCACUCGAGUCCUUACAGUAAAAGCCGCACAGCACGUGCCGUUCCUCGCCAGAGCAGAGCUGCGGCUGAUCUUCGGCCCGGCAGAAGCAGACCCCGUCCGAGCAACCGCCGUCAUGCGUCUUCUACGGCAAGGUUCAACCGCCGGUGAGGAGCUGCUCCGCAUUUUGAAGCAGAUGUUGCCUGCGCUGGCCACCGAGGAAGACUUUCAGCAGCUCCGGGAGCCUUGCCAGCUGCUCCUGGCUGCUUCACGCUGCCUCUCAGAGGAGGAUCCGGAGGAGGCCGCCAAGCUAGCUCUGGAGAUUCUUCGCUUGAAGCCCUCCACGGUGUCUGCCGAUGAGCUCAAAGCGCUUGGCGUCGCGCUUGGGGACAGGAAUCCUCUAGAUUACUUUGGUGUGGAGCUCUACCGGAGUGGAGUUCGGCGCAUUCUCGAAUGUUUCAGCGCCUGGACAGGUGAUUCUGCCUUCGAAAAAACGCAGCCGGACAUCAAAGCGGCGCUGACAGUGCUGGAAACUACAGCAGCACCAUGUUAUAACAGUGGCACCCCUUUUUGGGAAAGCAAGUUUGACUCGUUUGCCUGUCCUCAUGCAAGCUGCAUUCAAGAACUGCGCCGUCACAUUGGCCAGAGCUUCCUCGAGCGUCGUUUUGCAAGGCUUCGUGGCCAGUCCUUAGACGCCGGCAGUCCGCCAGACACCACGAAGGAGCAAACAUGGCACCGGCUAUUCGAUGAAGUUGACACUGAUAAGAAUGGAGUCAUAUCGAUGGAUGAGUGGUGGAAGGCCUUGGAGGAUGAUUGCAACCGCGAGCUUCGGCUGCUUUUUCAGUUCGAGAAUAUCAAGAUGAAGAAGCUUCUUCGAAAGCUGUUUAAGUCUUCGGUCCACGAAGAAGCAGAGAGCUCCGUGUCGCGAGACGAGUUUGUGCUGGCGUGCAGGAUGGCAGAGCGGGAUGAGCUUCUGUGGCACUUCGUGCACAUGGUUGCAGGUCAUGACAUGGAAAGCGCAGACUGCAGGUCUGUAUCAACUGAAGAUGUCGCCCUUAUCCUUAAAUGGAACAGAAGCAACAUUGAGGAAGGCUUGCGGAAGGAGCACCACAUCUUCAAGAACUAUUCUGGUCACCUGAGCAUCUGGCAGAGGCUCGCUGAGAGUCAGCUGGAGGCGUGGCGCGAACACUGUGAAGGCAUCUGCAAGCCCCUCGAGGAUAUUAGGAAGGACAUUAGCAAGGCGAAGCUGGGGCAAGACUUUGUCUAUCUGGGUUCCGGCUGCGAUGAGAUUGACAAGGUGCUGACAGGUACGUUUUCUGAGCAGCUCUUCGUGAAAGUGGCCUUCAACACCAGCAAAAGUAGACAAGAUGCGUCAAUUUUCUGCCAGUUGAUUCUUCUGCAAUGCCACGUCCUGGAGACGGUUUGGGAAUCCUUGUUCCCGACGAGCUGCAAGGAGGCCACAUUUGAAAUCCUGGAGCAGUGCCCGGAGCUCUGGCUGGGAAUUGACUACGUUUUCAGCGAUGACGGGUGCCGCACGUUCUUCUCGCGGGAGGGCUUCGAGAAGUGGAGAAAGUCGGACAAGUGGACAGAAAUCUGCGACAGAGAGAAGCAGGCUCACGAACACGUGCGCCGAGAAAGCAGUCCAACCGGAAGCAGAUUGGAAGAUCGGGAAUCGGCCGCUCUCGAGGACGGCGCCUCGCGAUCUGGAAGCCAUCGAACCGACUGCCAUGCUGGCACUGUCGUCGAGCAGCCAGAGAUUGGGUUUACGGAUCGGCUGUCGGAAAAUCUUGAGCCUGCCUCGGCGUCAAGCGCAGAGAAGCUACAGGUACACCAGCCCCUCACGCCGACGUACAUGCCGGAUCAGCGGAUAUGCCAGACAGUUUACCCUGGUAUGUUCAAUAUCAAUCUCUUCAACUGUUUUCAAGCAGCUGAGCAGGUGCACAUCUGCACAGACACAGUGCAAGCGCCGAAGCUGGACGCCAACAGCUAUUUGCAGACGGAAGCUGCUCUCUACCUCUACUGCGACGUGCUGGACAAGCGCGGCCUUCUCGUGACGACUCCGGAAGGACCUUGCAAAGACUUUCAACACAUGUUGUCUGUCUUCACCGGCUAUGACCCGAAAGACAUUCAUGUGCAGGCAAUGGGUUUCAUCCAGGAUGAAGUCGAGGCCGUGAUGCUGAAGGCAGAGAUUCGCCCAGCGGAGACGACAAUUCAAAAACUGCGUGCCGUGCAACAGAGACUGCUUUCGAUCAAGACAGCCUGCAGCUCCAGGGAAUUCUUUGACAAGUUCCCUGCCAACGGUGGCAUCCAAGUGAGCACCACAUGCUGCAUCGACAACCUGGGAGGGCCAGCGUCAACGUCGCUGGCGGGCUGCUUCAGCUGCUCCCAUCUCACGGCACACAUGGACAUCCAGGAGUUUGCGGCAGACAUGGGCACGGGCUGCGCGUACUCUGACCGUGUCCACGAGGUCUUGGCCCAUCUAUCAGAUCUGGGACUGAUAGAUCAAGUGCAGGUGCUGCAGAGCAUCGCUGGUACCCGGCGCCUUUACUUCAACCUCCGUCCAAGAGAGGCACCGACGCUGGAGGACCUGCGAACGCUCCAAGCUGAUCUCGUUGAGUUCUUCGAAGCUCGCUCAGGUUCUUCCCCUCUGCCCUUGCCUCUUCCUGGCCCAGUCAUUGAGUCUGCCGUUUAUCAUCUUGCAUCGGGGCCCAUCGCACGUGGCAAGUCCACCCUCCGCUGCCACCUGGAUAUCACGGAUGAGAGCGGUUGGCUCCAUCAGCAAGGAGGACACCGCUGCACAUCAGAAUUCCUGUGCAUCCUGAAGAAGAUUGCGUCGCACUUCCGCUUGACGAGUUUGGAGUUUCCAUGCGUGCAAAUGUGGCAGCUGAAGACACGAGAAUAUACCAUGGACUUCCAGGUGCUGGCCCCCUGUUCUACGGAAUCGCGUACAAUUCAGCAACUCCUAUGGGCUCUUCAUCAGAGAGGCCUUCACGAAUGGACUGCUGUCGAUGUGAACGAUGCCAUCUUCAGGGGCGUGACCGUGAAGCGACCAGCUCGAGUUUGCGCGCACACCCCUACUGCCGUUAUGGGCGAGUGCCACUCGUGGCAACUUCUUUCCAGCGAGGGCCAUCAAGGCUUCAUGGACUUCAUGAUUUGGGCGGAGCUCGAGGUGGUUGAUCGACUCGGGGCCAUAAAGCGUAACGGCGCCACCCACUUGGCGACCUUGCUGGCGGACUGCCUGCACGUUGUCACUGGCAUCGAGCCCGCCCGCCUAAGUAUCCUGAACGUUGCAUCAAUGCCGAGGAGCGAGCUGCAGCGACAGCCUGGGGCUGCAAGGAUGCAGGCGGCAGCGGCGUUGGUGUACAGUGUGAAGCUUGAGAUCGACUUCCCCAGCUGCGUAGCUCAUGAAGAAGACCUCCAGUCCAUCAUGGAAGGCGUGCACAGUCUUCAUAGCAGUGCAGUGCUGCGCCGGUGGGGACAACUGCCGUUUUUCAAGCAGUACUUCAUCAAUGGUUUCGUUUCACGCGAAAUCCAGACGUGCGAUCACCAUAGCGGCAAGACGGAGCAGAAGCCGGUGGGCGAUGCUUGGAAAGCCCAGCCAAAGGUUGCGGCGCACCUCGACCUGCGCUGCAAGGUCGGCAGCUUCCACUGCCGUGGCCACGGCUGGCCGAUGCAAUUAGCAGAGAUGCUGUCGGAAGCCUUGCACCAGGCAUGUAGCAUAGCGAAGGAUGACAUCGUGAUAACAUGUGUCCAGCUUCGGGCAGCAAGUCAGCAGCGAAGCGGACUGGUCUCGGGCUUCUUAGAAGCCAUGGAGAAACUGGAGCUCGAAGCAAAGGUUGCAUCUGAUUCUUCUGAUGAUGAGAAAGGAGACGGCUGCAGAAGAGGACUGUCGGACAUCUUGUCUGAGACUCCUCUGGCUUCGUACACCGUGGAGAUGGAGGUCAUCUUGCAUGAUGCCCGCGACGCAAUCCAAGAGCUCAAGCGUGUGUCUACGUCACUUCGAAAGUUCCACAGCCAGGCGGUGAGGCGCAAGUUUGCCACGCUGCCGUUUUUUCGGGAGUUUGACUUCGACAUCGGAAUCCAGCUCUUCAGAUCCAGCAGCUGCCAUUUAGGCUCCAGCAACAGGCCGCUGGAAGAGCACAUGCGACCAUGCAGGAGGAUCAGCGUAAGCCCGUUGAUUCCUCAAUAUUCACCGGUGGUUCUGGCUGGUCCCUCUGUUCAGAGCCAAGUGGACAUCUUGGACGACUUCAUAGUCUUCGAUGGGUACACCAACAUUAUUCAGCGUGGAAGAGCUCCGCCGGAGUACGGCCCACCCGUGGCAGAGCAGCAGAUUCGAACUUGGUUUCUGGAAGCCUUGAACUUCCACCUGAAAGAAGAGAACCUGGAGGUGUCCAGCGUCCCCGACCCCAGUGGAACCGCCCUGGCUAUUCGGCCGCCGGACAGGGAACCUCUCCAUUUCGACGGACUCUGGCUUCGUGUGACUGGUGUACGGCACCGAUCUGCGCAGACCGAGAAGCUUCAACAGCGGACGCUGAAGCCUUCCGAGGCAGGGGCGGAGGCCGCCAGAGUCGCUUCGGGAUUCCUGGCCUAUGCCAUUGACUUUGAGGUCAGGCGCCUGUGCCCUGGCCUGGGCGACAGCUCUUUUGUGCCGAACGGGCGAUAUGUGGCACUUGCCGACCAAGUCAGGGCUGUGCUCCACGGCUGCCUGCUUCAUCUGCACCGCAUGCCAACCUUGAAGAAGAAAUUGAAGUUCUACCGUCACUUCGAAUUUGACCACGGCAUCCAGCUCGAUUUAAUACGGCACCAGGAGUCAAGAAGCAUUGGAGAACAGACCCACUGUGCGCCAUGUGAGGCUGUCCGCAGCACCGAUGCAACAAAGUUCAGCUCAACACCGAGGACCUUUACGGUCGGCGUGCGCUUCCACUCGGCUGGCUGUACCUCACCACCUGCAAAGCCUACGACCUCUGAGGUGAAGAUCAGCAUGGCUGCCCUUCUUGGACUUGAGCCCUGCCAGAUGGAAAUCGCAAGUGUUGAGAUGAAGGCCACCUGGUGCGAGGUAGAGCUCCAGAUCCGGACACUGAUGCACGCACCAGCUGUUGCAGAGAUAGAGGCCUUGGGCGCCAAGCUUGCAUCUUUGCAUCAGAACGGCGUGUGCAGCACCUCGUGUCAACACCUUGGAAGCUGGAAGCCCGUAGCGGUAGUUGCACCGGCACUCGACGAGGACGCCCAGCCAGAGCUGGCAGUCGCAAUUCAGCUCCAGCUGUUGCCUCCAUCAAAUUCAGUAGCGCCACUGGGUGAACGGGAGCAGCAACAGCUGAAGGCGGAGCUGGAGCAGAAGACGGGCUUCUCGGGGCAGUUACACAUGACAAGCUUGAGGCAGUCAUCCAACAGUGCUAUCCUGGACUUUGCGAUCAUAGGUCUGCGAAAAGAGCGGGCUUCCCUGCUCAAGGCCUUCUGGGAUGCCGCCCUUGACCACAGCACUUCAGUGAAUGAGCGUUGGUCCGGACGGGUGGUUGAUGUAAAGAUGGUCGAAGCAGCGCAGCUGCGGAGCUCUUGCCCGACAGGAUCCCUGCGAAGCUUUGCUUCGGAGACGUCUGCGAUAAGCGCAACGCUGGGCUUGCGGGAAGCGAUGAAGGACUACAUCCACCUGUGCCGAACCGGUGGCGCAGGUAGCCUGGAACGACAGGUCGGCUUGCUCAAGCACAUUCUGGAAAUCCUGAACAAGAUCGAAACACCAGCGGGAGUUGCAAGUCCUUGUGUUGUGCAACACAAGCAUCACCUGGCGAAGCACGGUGUGGCAGCAUCUCUCCUUCAGUCCUUCAGCUCCGUCCUUCUGGAGGUGGUUGAGCGUCACGGCACUCUGGGCAACCAGGAAGAGGAGGGGAUCAAACGGUACUUCCUCAGCCAGGACUGGCGCCCCGAGGGAAUGCGCUACGCUUUGCGGGCUCUGACAUGGGUGCUGGCAUAUGACACGAGCAAGGCAGACAUAGGCUGCGCACAUGUCCGACCCGGCUCUCGCAGCAUCUUGCAGGCUGCGCUGUUGGACCGAGCCGCUGGCCUUGCAGAGGUCAUCAGAAUCUACCAAAGGUUUCUUGCGAGCCUGCAGGAGGAGGACCUCUUGUGUGGAAUCUAUCGGCCUUGCAGUGUGUUGCAAAAUCUGUUGCUGGCAUUGCAGGGAAUACAAUCGAAGCCAUGCGCUGCCACGCUGCAUGCCUGGCUCGCAGGCACCGACUUCCUGGAGCGGCUCGGACGCAUGCUGGAAGGUGGCAGGUACCGCAUGGCGUACGGGCAUGCAGUGGCCCUCGUCUUCCAGGUGGCUACGCAGAUGACAUGCAAGGCAUAUAUUGCAAGGAUGGACUUGGAGCCAAAACACUCUGCAAUUAUCUGCGAAAAUGUAAGCAAGCUCAUGAAGGUCAUGCAGACGUGGUCCAAUAUCAAUCGGCCGAAUCCGAGCGGCACCUGGAGCAAAUCCUUGCAGGAAGCCAUGGACACCAGCCUUCCUGAGUUCGUGGAUCUUUUAGAGCAGCUCCUGCCAGCAGCACAUGCGCCAAGCCCCGUUGAGAAGCUGAAGGAGUGGACGCGGACUGAAUUGGACAACAUAAACGUCAUCCUUGGCUUGAGGAGUUCACCUCCACCGCGGCCCAUGCCGUCCUUCUGCAAGUGUGAGGUCUAA